AUGACUGCUGCGAUGGAAAGUCAAGAGUUCCUUCUAACAUCGUGUGAAUUCAUCACUGAUCCAGAGGAAAAGGGCUUCCUGGAUUUCACUGAACACGGCGAUCUUCUUGACAUCAUUGACUUCGACGAUCUGUUCGGUGUCGCCGGAGAUGUACUUCCUGACUUGGAGAUGGACCCUGAGAUCUUAGCUGGAGAAUUAUCCGAUCACGUGAAUGCUGCGUCGACGAUUACAACGACGUCGUCGUCCGAGAAGACUGAUAGUCAAGGGGAGACUAAUAAAAAGGGUAUUUGGAGAAAAGGUGAAGAAGUCGUCAGCAAAAGAGACCAUAACAAGACUCAUGUGGUGGUUAACUAUGACCGUAAAAGGAAAUACUCAUCAUCUGCUUCUUCCAAGAACAAGGGAAUCCGUAACAACGAAUUACCGAAGCCAAAGGUGAAGUGUGUAAAGAAGGUGGAUUGGACACCAGAGCUACAUAGGAGAUUCGUGGAUGCAGUGGAAAAGUUGGGAGUGGAGAAAGCUGUUCCUUCUCGUAUUCUGGACCUUAUGGGUGUCCAUUGCCUCACUCGUCAUAACGUCGCUAGCCACCUCCAAAAAUAUAGGUCUCAUCGAAGACAUUUGCUAGCUCGUGAGGCCGAAGCGGCUAAUUGGACACGCAAACGCCAUAUCUACGGUUUAGACAGUACCGGAGCUAAUAAUAAAAACGGAUGGCUCGCACCGGCACCCACUCUUCCGCCGCCCGCAACUGUGCCAUCGCCACCUGUUAACCACCAUCAUUUUAGACCGUUGCAUGUGUGGGGACAUCCCAUGGUUGACCAGUCUGUCAUACCGCACGUGUGGCACAAACACUUGCCUUCACCGUUGUGGGUCUCAGAAACUCCCUACUGGCCUAUAAUUCAUAACGGGACGACUCCGUAUUUUCCGACGGUAGCUACGAAGUUUAGAGCACCAGUUGCCGGAAUCCAGGCUCCGCCGCCGCAUCACAUGGUGUACAAUUACAAAUCAGAUCUUGGUUUUGGUGGUACUCGUCCUGUUGUGGACUUACAUCCAUCAAAAGAGAGCGUAGAUGCAGCCAUAGGAGAUGUAUUGACGAGGCCAUGGCUCCCACUGCCGUUGGGAUUGAAGCCACCGGCUGUUGACGGCGUCAUGACGGAGCUUCAACGUCACGGUAUUUCCGAGGUUCCUCCGGCAGCGUCGUGUGCCUGAAGCAGACAAGCACGUGAUCAAGCCGAACCCAAAAAAAUUCGACGACAUGUCUUUCGAUUCUAGUAUCUUUUUUUUUCCCAAGGGUUGUUUUUGUUGUGGCCCUUGUUGAGCGUUGAGAGCUUCGGGUGUCUUUCUUGAGCGUCACAUAACUAAUAAAGAGACCUUUUCAUAUAUGUAUGUACACUCUCUAUAACGCAAAUAAAUGACAUAUAACUAAUAAUGAGACCUUUUUUUUUUUUUUUUUUG